AUGGAAAACAAAAAAUCCACAUCUCAUGACGGAGAAUCCCAUACUAAUCCGCCUGCAACUUCCAAGCUUUUUCCAAUCAGUGCUUUAAUUCUCUUCAUAUCUAUUCUAAUUUAUAGAUAUUCAACUUUCGGUCCUUUUGCACCAUUACAAUGUCAAUUAGUAGGAAUUGGAUGUCUUAGUACGAAGGUACAAGGUUAUGUAGCACCGGAAUUUAUUAAUGUGAAAAAAGCAUUCAUAACCAAUUUUGAAAAUGGUGAUGAAGUUGGAUCAAGUGUUGCAGUUUAUUAUAAUGGUAAACUAGUGGUUGAUUUACAAGGUGGAUACGCUGAUCUUGAGACAAUGCGUGAAUACGAUAAUAAUACAUUACAACCUGUUUUUUCGACCAGCAAAACUUUGUGUUCGAUCGUAAUAGCAUAUUUAGUAGAUCGAGGAAUUCUUGAUUACAAUGAAAAAAUAUCCACAUAUUGGCCAGAAUUUGCUCAAGGUAAUAAAGAAAAUGUUACACUUCUGGAUCUAGUAAAUCACCGGGCAGGAGUAAGCUAUCUUGACACGCUGGUAAAAUCUGAUUUAGAAGAUCUUGAUAAAUUAGCAAAGGUUCUUGCUGCUCAACCACACUCGUUCGGAGGAGUUCCUAAUCGUGCAUAUCAUGCAUCAACUUAUGGAUGGUAUUUAAAUGAGAUUGUUCGUAGAGUCGAUCCGAAACAUCGCACUAUUGGAAAAAUCGUUUCUGAAGAAAUUUUGACGCAAUACGAUUUAGAAUUUUAUUUAUCAUUGCCACCAAAUCUUAUAUCAAGGAUUGCAGAAUUGUAUGAGACACCUACCGUCAGAGCAACUAUUGAUUCGCUUAGUACACUUAUCUUUAAGAGUUGGUGGGCUGGGAAGGUGCCAGGAUCUUAUUUCUCAAGAUUUAAUGAUAAAGAAAGUGUUUUAUAUAAAACUUUUUAUUAUCCAAGUCCUACUACCCAGAAAUUCACUGAUUUUUCAAAGUUAGAGUUUGUUACUAUAGAAUUUCCAGGUGUUAAUGGAAUUACAAACGCCAAGUCAAUUGCUAAACUAGGUGCCAUAAUUGUAAAUAAUGGCCAACCCCUUAGUGAUGAUAGUAGUUCAUCAUCGUCUAGUGUUAGUUCUAAGCCUUUUCUUUCAAAGUCUACAGUUGACCUCAUUUCUACAAAAUUGCCAGUAACUUAUGACCAUGUUAUUUAUACAAAUAUUACACCCUCAUUUGGUGGAUUUGCUUAUUUUAGAAUGCCUGGUAUUGAAGAUACAGAAUUCCUGGGAUGGGGAGGAUUCGGUGGAAGUUUAUUUUUAUGGAACCAGGAAUUAGGAAUCUCAUUUGGUUACGCUAUGAACGCCUUGUGGCUUCCUAGUUAUGGCGUAGUUAGUGAUCAAAGAGCAUGGAGUUUAUUAAAAGAAAUUGUGAAUGUUGUCAAAAAAUUAAAAAUAGAGCAAGUCUAA